AUGCCGCCCUCUCCAGACAAGGACAAGGGCAAGGCUAGACCCGAAGUGGAGAUGUCAGAGGAGGAGAAGGCUGCGAUAGCUGCUGCAGAAGCUAGACAGAGGAGCUUUGAGAGGAGUCUAGCUGGUCCAAGUGUUGGUAAAGCUGGAUUGAUGAGAGAUCAGACAGACAUCAACCGGAUCAUCGCUGAAGCUUCAAAGGGAUCAAAAUACUAUCUUAACCAAGUCAGGAAAGACAAAGAACUGACCGAGAAGAUCGAGUGGUACCAAGCGAAACGAGACGAGCUCAUGAAGAUGGCUGAUGUACCUAGAUUGGAAAGUGAAGCUGAAAGGAUACUGGUCGAAGUGGAAGCUACCAGAGAUUUAUCACAAGUGAUCGUUCACUGUGAUAUGGAUGCUUUCUACGCUUCGGUAGAGGUCCAACGUGAUCCUUCAUUGAAGGGAAAAGCGUUCGGAGUAGGUCGAGGAGUUCUGACGACAGCUUCGUACGAAGCUAGAAAAUACGGUUGUAGAUCUGGUAUGGCUGGGUUCAUAGCCAAGAAACUAUGUCCACACAUCACCCUUACCGAGAUGCAUUUCGAUCUGUAUAUCGCAGCUUCCAAAGCUGUACGGAAAGUUCUCCUUCAGUACGAUGAGAAUCUGAUGAUGGCCAGUCUGGAUGAAGGUUAUCUCAAUAUCACACCAUAUAUGAACGCCAACAAUAUGACCGCAGCCGAAGUGGUAUCCCAAAUGCGAGCCGAAGUGGAAGCGAAAACCCAACUUACAAUGUCGGCCGGUAUCGCACCGAAUAGGAUGUUAGCGAAGAUUUGCUCGGACAAGAAUAAACCUAAUGGACAGUAUGUGAUGGAAUUUGAGAGGACGGUCAUAACGAGGUUCAUGAGGGAUUUACCGGUCAGGAAAAUACCAGGAUUUGGUAGGGUGACGGAGAGGUGUUUAGAAGGUCUAGGCGUAGAGACUUGCGGUGAUAUCUUCACUCAUCGAGCUGAGUUGCUGGCCAUGGAUCACUGGUUUGGAUUUCGUGGGUUAUGCAAGGCAUACCUUGGAAUAGCCGAUAAUAACGUCGCACCGGGGAAAAGGGAAGAACGUAAGAGCGUGGGAGUAGAGAGGACUUUCCGCGAUAAGACGGACGACGAGGACAUAUUGAAUGAGCUUACGAGUAUCGCUGAAGAACUUGAGAAAGAUCUAGAGAGAUUGCAAUAUGCGGGCAAGACCGUCACCGUGAAGUACAAGCUCCAUACGUAUGAAAACAAAACCCGAGCAAAAUCUGUUGGCAAAUUCAUUUCAACCAGUAAAGACAUAUUGCCGAUAGCUUUGGAAUUGAUGAAAAGGGAAUUACCUGUUCGAAUUCGGUUGUUGGGAAUACGCUUAUCCACACUGAAAGAUAUGACUGUAGCUGAUAAGGGGAUCAAAGGGUUCUUCACAUCGCCCAGCAAAAAGCGUGCCAACUCGACUGAAGCUGGACGAUCCCGUCCCACAACGCCCAUACUCAUCGACGUGGAUGACGACAAUGAGCUCGCGAGGAUGGAGAGGGAAGACGAAGCUGAGGUAUUCGACAUGACGGCCGAAGACAGCGAUGAUGUCGUCGAUUCUCCCAUACCGAGCGACAUAGGUACACCACCUCCGACAUCGAUUUUGGGUAAACGAAAAUCGUCUGAAUCGGAUAAAUCAGCACAUCUACUUGGACCAGUUUGUCCGAUAUGCAAUAAAGCUUUGGGACCCGGUACGUCGAACUCCGGGCUGAACGAGCAUAUAGAUUGGUGUUUGAACAAAGAAGCUAUCAACGAAGCUGGUAGGAGCUCGCCUGUGAAGAAAGCCAAGUUGGAGAAGAAGGGUACUGGUAACAAUGCCGCGCAGAAAGGGAAAGAUAAAAAAGGGACAAUGUUGGAUUGGCUCAAGAAGGGCUGA